UAGCGUUGCGUAAUGAAGGGGGCGGAGGCUGCUCCUCAGCAGCCAGCUCCCGUGUGCGGCUCCGCGCAGCUUCCUGCCGCUGCCGGUGCCGACGUGCAGCGUCCUCAUCGCCGGUCAUGCGCGCCGCCCUCGGGCCGUCCGUCAGUCCGCGGCCGGAACCUCGCCCGCUCCGCUCCUCCUGACAGCCCCGUCCCGCAGAUCUGCCGCGCUCCCGCAUCGCCUUCUUCCGGGAGAGAGUGUCGCGCGGCUUCGCGAAACCCACGGUCGCGGGCGGCGAGCACCGGCAGAGGACCCCCCCCCCCCCCACGCGCCCGUCCGCCCGCCGCCCCCCUGCGGCCUGGCACAGCAUGGAGGCCCCGGUGCAGGAGACGCGGACGCCGCCGAUGGACGAGCCCGCGCCGCUGCCCACGCUGAGCCCGGCCGUGCCUCCCUACGUCACGCUGGGCCUGACGGUGGUCUACACCGUGUUCUACUCGCUGCUCUUCGUCUUCGUCUACGCGCAGCUCUGGCUGGUGCUGCGGUACCGGCACAAGCGCUUCAGCUACCAGACCGUGUUCCUGUUCCUGUGCCUGCUGUGGUCGGCGCUGCGCACCGUGCUCUUCUCCUUCUACUUCAGGAACUUCGUGACAGCCAACACUCUGGGACCCUUUCCCUUCUGGCUGCUCUACUGCUUCCCCGUCUGCCUCCAGUUCUUCACGCUCAGCCUCAUGAACCUCUACUUUGCGCAGGUCGUCUUUAAGGCCAAGUCAAAGUACGCGCCAGAGCUUCUGAGAUACAGGCUCCCGCUGUACCUGCUCUUCCUGUUCAUCAGCCUGGUGUUUUUAGCCGUGAACCUGGUAUGUGCCCUGCUGGUGAGGAUGUCGUCGGCAGAGGCCCGCGCCGUGGUGCUGGUGAGGGUCGCCAUCAACGACACGCUCUUCGUGCUGUGCGCCGUCUCGCUGUCCGUGUGUCUGUACAAGAUCGCCAAGAUGUCGCUGGCCAACAUCUACCUGGAGUCCAAGGGGACCUCGGUGUGCCAGGUGACCGCCAUAGGAGCCACCGUCAUCCUCCUGUAUUUGUCCAGGGCCUGCUACAAUCUGGUCGUCCUGGCGCUCUCAAACAAGAGCAUUAACUCCUUCGACUAUGACUGGUACAAUGUUUCUGACCAGGCAGACCUCCAGUCCACUCUGGGCGACGCGGGCUACAUCGUCUUCGGGGUGAUCCUGUUCGUGUGGGAGCUGCUGCCCACCUCCCUCGUGGUGUUCUUUUUCCGGGUUCGGCAGCCGAACCUCGACAGGGGCGGCUCGGUGCUUCCGGGACACGUCUUCUCCUCCAGGGGUUAUUUCUUCGACAACCCGCGGCGCUACGACAGCGACGACGACCUGGCGUGGAGCGUCAUGCCCCAGAACAUCCAGGCCAGUCUGGCCGCUGACAGUUACGAGUGGGGGAGCCAAAGCAGCGGCAUCGGCGCCUACAUCGGAGGGGACGAAGGCUACCACAUCCCUCCUCCACCAGAGGAGCUCAGCCACUACUAACUACGGCUCAGGGGACUCUCCGCCUCUGGCUUCUAAUUUUUAUUUUGCACAGUAUCUCUGUUACUGACAAAGGAGCGCGGACUGAAUGACGUCUCCUACUUUUCCACUUUGUCUAAAGAAGAACUAACACUUUUGGCCAGUACAUGUAGGUCUGACAGACGUUUGCACACUUUUUGUACAAAGUAACGAUCUAAUCAGCCUCUAUAAACCAUUUCCCAGUGUAUAGUUUAUUCUGAAUGUUACUUAAUAUAUAUUCUAGACCUUUGUAAUAUGUAUUGUUUUAUGCACUAUCUAUGGAAAACAUUCCUUUUCAUACAGAUCUGUUUAUAUAGAGAUGUACCAUUCAUUCAUAUUAAAACGAGUGAAACAAA